CGCCCGGCCUUCCGGGGCAGCGGGCACGGCCCCGAGCCGCCGCCGCUCUUCCGCCGGGGCUGUAAGCGAGGGCUGGGCGCUGGCUAUGAGCAGGCAGCCGGGCGCGGGGCCCGGCGCGGCCCCCGCACACCGUUCCUGGAAGGCGGGGGAGCCUUCGGCGGCCGGCGCGCUGCUGGCGCGGUGCGUGGAGAGCGGCAUCGUGAGGCAGGAGACAUUGGAUUUAACCAGUAGAAACAACAGGUGCUUUGUGAAAUUCGAAGAGAUGGAGAGAAUGGCAAACAUUCGAGCUGAAAUCAACGAGAUGAAACUGAAAGCUGAAAUUCUGGAGUUGGAGAAAGAAACAGCAGACAUUGCUCACCCUUUUUACUUGGGCCAAAAAUGCGAGCUGUUGGAAGAUAUGAACACACACUUGGAAGCUGUACUGAAACAGCAGAGUGCUCUGAACAAGAAGUUGAUAAAGUCCACGUGUGAAGAGAGCUUGCCCGUUGAGGUUACUUACCACAAGUACGUAGUAGAGUUGUUGACUGAGGCAGUGAAUGUCAUUGAGAAGUUUGAAAGCCAUGUGCAGACCAUAAGAAGCAUCCCUCAGGUACCAGAAAUGAUGAAGAAUAUGGACACUGCCUUGAACAAAACAGUAGCGCUUGUGAUGGAGUUGGAAGAGCUGGCAGAGCAAAUAUUAAGUUGGAGAGAACUGCAGCAAAGUGUAUCCUGCAGUACUGAAAACUUGGGUUUCACUUCUCUUUAACAAAUUAAGUGCCAAUCUGUUUUGAUACUAUUUAUGCACUUUCUAUAGCGUGUUCAUUUCUUGUAGCUCCCUGGUAAUAUGCUGUGUCUUGUGUGUGGCUGUAAAACUUGAAUAAAAGCACUAGAUUUCAAGA